AUGAUCGCGAAGAGCACGGUAGCAACAAAGUCAUCAAACGAGCCAUUGAGAUUUUGCAGGGAGAAUUUGAAAAAAAUCAAGGAGACAAAUACAACAUUUAGCAAUUCUUUUGUGCAGGCAAAAAGCAAGUUGUCCCGCGAUCGCAGUGAACCAGAAAUUGAAUACGAUCAAUUGAGUUUUGCAGAAAAAUUGGCUCUUCUUGUUGAAGAUGAAUUGGUUGAUCCUUUGCUCGAUUCGAUCAGCGAUGAAAUUCAACGUACCAAGAGGGCUUACAACACCGAAGGGUUUGGGGCUGUUCUAAAAGUCAUCUUCUCGGCACCAGUUUCCGCGGAACAACGAGAAAGGGAGAGACGAGAGGCAGAAACUUUUGGCGCAGAAGUUGAUGAAGUCGUUGAUCGAACGCGUCGCUCGAUUUCCCGAGACUUUGAGUUUGGCGAACCCGUUGAUCGG